AUGGUUGCUGACUGGAUAACAAUUCUUGACGUUCGCGGUACAAUUUUCCACACUCAUCAGGGAGACGCUAGCCCAAAGGAGGGCAAAAAAACGAACUUUACAAGGUGAAAAUUUGAGUUUCGGGCCAUUUUUCCUGUGAAAAUCGUAUUGGGGUUCGAAAAAUUUUGCUUUUUUCGGAUUAAUUUCACUAAAUACGUUUCAAAAAGGUGCUCUGGCGUUUAAUAAAGAAAGAGUGGUCCCUAGAGGGGCAUCUUAGAAGUCCCUAAAGGCUCCACUCCAACGACCACCUUACUGCUCCUUAAGAGGUCACUUAAGCUUGCAAAAGUGGCCACUCUAGGGGAGUAUGCUAGCGGCUCUCUUUCGUCUCUUUAAUUUUAAAACCUGAGAAGAAAAAAAAGAAAAAGCCCUUAAAGGGACCACUUAAGCUUUAGGAGCUUGGGAGUACGGACCUCAACCCCUAUAGGGAGCACUUUUUUUGUGUCCUACAGGAGCCGUUUCUUCCAAAUCCCUCUAGGGAACACUCUGGAGUUCCCAAAAAAGAUCACAUUGAAAAAAUAGCUCCACACAUGAACCCAGCCGUUUCAAGGCAAAAAAAAAAAUAACUUACAAAAAAAAUUUUUUUUUUGAAGAUCUACAUUGGAGAUGCCAUCUGCGACGAUAAUUCCCACUAUUUUAUCGAUCGAGAUCCCACGUUAUUCCAUUAUAUUCUCAAUUAUAUGCGCGACGGUCGUGUAAUCCUACCGGAUGAUGGUCAUACGGCCGCUAGACUUCGCGUCGAGGCACAGGUUAAUCAAAAAAUCGAGAAAUUAAACAAUCUUUUCAAUUUUCAGGCUCUAAAUCUUGACGAACUGGCUGAAGGCCUUCUUCCGUUCAUGAGCAAAAGCACAGGAUUCAUAGAAAUCAAAUUUCAAUGA